AUGACUGUGACUCAAAGCUACUGCAGUGUCCGCACAGAGAGCUGUGGGCCCCAUGACUGCCUGUUGAACCCCCAGUUGAGUGGAAGGGCAAGAAGCGGGAGUGUGGAUCUUGCUGCGCAGUGCUUCCCACCCUUUGUUUUCUUCAACACUUUACAUGUGAACCUCCUCAAGCUGGGCAGCAAGUUGGCGCUGAUCUCUGUGGUAAAUACAUGGGUCAACACAUUUUUUUCAAUUGUCUCUAGGCUCAUUUGGCCCCAAAUGGGCAUCCAGUCUAUGGAACGAUGCAAGGUGGAAUCUAGAAUCAUGUUUCGGUUUGGACAUGGUGCUUUGGUGUUGGGUGUCAAGUGGCAUGACACUCAGCCCCUGAGCCUCGAGUUGCUGCUUUUUGCAUUGCUAAAAUCUUUCAUUCUGAUGGGAUGGACAAAAAAAAUGGUGGAACGUUGUUGGAGGUUAGAACAAAAUGGACUAGUUGCUCAGAAGAGGGCACAACUCGAUAUGGUAGAGACUCAGGCAAGAAUCCUUGAAGGCACAUCAGUUGAAGUUAGAGUGGACCUUGAGGAGCUCCAGGACACUGGUUUUGCACCUGAGCCUAAUGAUCAAGGUGACUGGGUGGAUGAACCUGCAAUGGCAGAUGCUGGGCUGUUUCAAGAUGAAGGGCUUUUGAGCGAACAACUCCUGAUGGUGAUGUCUUCUCUACUCCCUAAGCAGUAA